UCGUCGUUGGUGGGCAUUUCGCGACCCACGGAGCUCCGACCACCCCAUUCGCCGGGCUCGUCGCGGGACUUAAAACCCCGGCCGGGCCGUGCGUGCCGAGCGCCAGAAUGCCAUUGUUCGCACACCGCAGGAUCGUGAACAGAGAGACGACGGGGCGAGACAGAGAGAGGGCGAGAACAGAGUUGCCGAGCGAGGCGAGAGCGCGCUCCCGAUAAAGGGACGAGGAGCUUCGAGCGUCGCGGGAUUUGCGUCUGGCUGGAGCGCAACAGAAGCAGCCCUCGCAGGGAAGGCCAAUUGUUGGUGCUGUGGAUCUCUCGACUUUUGGGCAGGACCCUGGCAUUUGCGGAUCCGUGCGUUGUGGAAGCAGCGGAGGUCGGGCCAGGGCGAUUGCAGGCGAAUACGGUUGCUGAUCCGUUAGCUUCAUGCGUUCCAUGGACGCGAGAAUUUUCUUGCUCCAGAUCCGAGGAUCGACGAGAUUUGUCGGGCGCUGGAGAGAAAUUCCGGAGUAAUGUUUUGGAUCUGAGAACCCGGACAGGGAUAUCUGUAGUGACUGAGCUGAACUGGAGUCGCACGGAGCGAUCGUGGGGGGAGGGCCGAAGAAGAGGAGAAGAAGAGUGGUCGCCCGGAGGUGUUGAGUUGCAAUGGGGGUAACGCCUUCGAAGCCCGGGGAAGGAUCGGCCUUGCAACGAACUCCUGAGCUUUAUUUGGGAACUUUAGUGGGGCCGAGUGUGUUUCCUCUCGGGGCGCCAUUCUGGGACGGAUUGCUCACUGUUCCACUGGAGUAUCCAUGGGGCCAGGAACGCGUGGAGGCAGCUUGCCAGUGCCUAGCUCGGAACGAUAGGGUCACGGGACAUCUCGCGAAGCUCUUGAUCCAUAUGGUGUGGACGAUACAGGAAGUGCCUACCAGUCCGGGGGUUCCCAUCAAGGCCAUCAACGCCACGCGCUUCGCGCGGAUUUUUCUCAAAUAUUUCAUUGAGAUGUUCAAUGCGGACGUAGUCGACCAUCUUCUCUUGAGUGAACUCCACGAACAUGCCACCCAGAUCCAUAAACCUGAUCAGAAUGUGAUUGAGCUGGUAAUUCGAACCUUGCUCGAGUUCGUGGGUACGGCGGACGUCAAUGUCAGGACCUACUCGUUGCACUUGGAGGUCGUGAACCUCCUCCUGGUGAUGAUGUCCACUCAACUGCACACUGGAUACAUUGGAGCACCAAAGAUUCUGCAUCCUUUCCUUGAGCCAGCUCUGACUCAAGGCAUUGACUUGGUCGGUCCAUUCGUGCGGAAGCUGCUCGUGUCUUUCAUCACCAAGCUCCCCGUGCCUUCUGGAUCAGCAAUGUAUCUAGCGUACAACCAGGGAGGUAUUUUGGAGAGGAUGACCGUCGUAGCCGCGUCUGUUCUCUCGACCUCGUACACGAAUUUGGUGAAAGGGAAGGGUGAAGUGUCCAAGAGCCCGUUAGCUGACAACAGCCUUUUGUUGCUCCUGGUUUUGGUGCACAAUAUCAAAGUUGUGUACGCGGAAGAGAACGGAGAAAAGACUGAUGCAGAUUCCGGUGCCAUUGAUGAACUGCUCCCCAGCUCCAAUGCCACCGGAGUCAAUCCGUUCCGUGAUGCGCUGGAAACAUUGAGAGAUACCAGUUUCUACCCCGCCCUUCUGAAUUCCGAACAAGUGGACGCUGAUGACUUGGAGCUAGUGGACGCACAGAUCACUUCAGCUUUGAAAAUUCCAUACGGUGCUCUGUUUGAGAGACUGAGUGCCACGGUGGCCGAUGAACGCUCGACUUUGCUCUUGUACUCCUUGGUUCACGGAAAUGCGACAUUCUUGGAGUACAUGUUAGUUCGUGUGGAUCUUGACACUCUUUUGGUGCCGGUUUUGGAGGUUUUGUACAACGCCUCGAGAUGUAAUUCAAACCAGAUCUACAUGCUCUUGAUCGUUUUGCUGAUUCUCAGCCAGGAUGCGUCCUUCAACGCCUGCAUACACAAAUUGAUGCUGCCCGGUGUCCCAUGGUACAAAGAGCGGUUACUUCCUCGCACUUCUCUGGGCUCUCUCAUGGUAGUGAUCUUGAUUAGAAUCGUGAAGGAGAAUUUGUCCAAAUUAAGGGACGUGUAUCUGCACACGAAUUGUUUAGCAACUCUAGCCAACAUGGCACCUCACUGCCAUCAACUCAACUCAUAUGCUUCGCAGUGCCUGGUAAGCCUUUUUGAUAUGCUUGCGCGCAAGUAUACCAGGUUAUCCGAGACUCAUGCCCAUGGUACCACCAUUUGCAUUUCCGAAGGCGACCAUGUUUCAUCCGAAAUUCCAGAGGAGGUGCCGACAGAGCUGCAUAUAUAUACCGAUUUUUUGCGGAUAGUUUUGGAAGUUAUCAACUCUAUUCUCACUUACGCACUCCCAAGGAAUCCAGAGGUCGUAUACGCACUCUUGCACCGGCAGGAGCUCUUUCAGCCUUACAGAGAGCAUCCAAGCUUCCAGGAGCUCGUGGCCAAUGUUGACACAGUUGUCGAGUUUUUCAGCGUGCCACUCAAGUCCAUAGAUGGACACUGUUCCGUGGAGAGGGUGUUGGACGCCAUUGUCAAUCACACGAGGUUGUGGCGCGGGGAGGCUAUGCACACAUUCCCUCAACUGAGAUUCACUUACGAAGAGGAGAUGCACUCGGAGGACUUUUUCACUCCCUAUGUGUGGCAGCUGGUGGUAGCCCAUAGCGGAAUUGCAUGGGACCUAGAUUCAAUCGACCUACAAAGGGGUCCCUCCGGAACAUACAACAACGGCCCCAACAACGGCAGCGAUCAGCCACCAGAAUCCAUCGAUCCAUCCAGCCCCACUUCCCUUCAGAGAAAUCAAACGCUUUCAGGGACAGCUCCAGCUUCUUGGAAGCCCGUCUAACGGACUCGAACUCUUAUUGUAGAGCUUCUUCUCAGCCCUCUCUUCCAUGCAACUCCAACACCUUGUAUAGUCCCUUUUCUUCUCUUCUUGUACACUUUUCCCGAAUUCCAGGGAAGCCUACAUCUUCUCAUCCGGAGAGAGUUGGAGGCUUCUUACCAAGAUGCAGUAUGUGUAAUCUACAUUGGAGCGUGUAAGGGCUGAGAAACCUUCUAAUAAGCAUUAAAAGAAAAUAUGCGAUUCAGGUGAAGGUCUGUGGUAGCGAUCCCUUCAACCGUACACGGUACUCUCCAUAUGAACCGUAGAAAAAUUCAUGCUUGCCACACUCGGCCUCUAGCCAUGCAGGAAAUUAUCCUGUAAUACGUGCAUUCAGUCUUAGUCAGAAUGUGCUCUCUCCCACACUGGUCUACAAUAUUCUUUAGGGAGGUCUUCGGCCCUUAUUCCUUAUUCAUUCAAGGCAGCAGUCAAAAUUAGGAUGCAUUGUUUCGAGCUAUGCUUACAAAGAUAGGAAGUUGAGCUUAACUCUCAAUAACAAUGGGAGUAGGGAGGUAGAGUACUUCUGUGGAUGGAGGCAGAGAGCUUGUUUUUAGAUUAUUGUAAAACACUUAGUAUAAGCUCCAAAGGUUCGCAGGGUCAACUAUUCUCUUUUUGUCACUGUAAAUCUUGGUCUGUUAUGAUGAACAUACCUGCCUUCAGCUUCUAU